AUGGACGCCGCCUGCAACAUGUUCCAUGUGGACACAGAUGAGGCCAUGCCCGUGCGGGUGCUGUUGGAGAAUAAGAUGAGCCACCUACCUCAGGAGUGCUACGCGGGAAGGUUGGAGCAAGGGAGGUGCGAUGCUGGUGGAUGUGCCACAGAAGGAUGCUUGCGGCGUCGGCUUGGAGUUCGGGCCGUGCUCGGGGAGGUGUCGCUGGAGGAACAGCACCUCCGCAUAGAGAACGCGCGGCUCAAGGACGAGCUGGACCGCGUCUGCGCCCUCGUCGGCAAGUUCCUCGGCCGCCCAAUCUCCUCUGGCAGCUCCAUGUCGGCCCUGCAAGGGUGCUCCGGCCUCGAGCUCGGCGUCGGCACCAACGGCGGGUUCUGGCUCGGCCCCCUCGGCGCGUCCGCGCUGCAGCCCCUCACCGACCUAAUGGGCGCCGGCGGCCUGCCGGGCCCUGUGGGUUCGGCGGCGGCCAUGUGCCUGCCCGUGGGCAUCGGCGCCCUCGACGGCGCGAUGCACGGCGCGGCCGACGGCAUCGACCGCACCGUCCUCCUCGAGCUGGGGCUCGCCGCAAUGGUGGAGCUCAUGAAAGUGGCGCAGAUGGACGAGCCGCUCUGGCUCCGCAGCCCCGACGGCGGCGGCGGCCUGGAGACUAUGCACGCGGAGCUGCAGGUGCUGUCGCCGCUAGUGCCGAUCCGUGAGGUGCUCUUCCUUCGGUUCUGCAAGCAGCACGCCGAGGGGCUGUGGGCCGUGGUCGACGUCUCGGUGGACGCCAUCCUUCGCCCCGACGGCGGCAACCACCACAGCCACCACCACCACGCGCAGAACGGCGGCGGCGCCACUGGGUACAUGGGCUGCCACCUGCUCCCCACCGGCUGCAUCGUGCAGGACAUGAACAACGGCUACUCCAAGUCUGACCGAGAAGCAGAUCACGAGCGAGGCGGCGAGGGCAGGAGAAGCAGAUUGCCGUCGGUGUCUGGUGGCCACGGCGACAGCGCCAGACAGGCGGCGGCGGCUUGGAGUAGCAGAUCGCUGCUGACGUUGAGUGGCCACGGGACGGCGCGGUGGCUUGGAGUAGAUCGCUCGCUGCUGACGUCGCACGACUCCCAAGUCGACGGUGGAGUGAAGAAGGCGCGUCCUCUGGUCUCGGUGGUCCUUCUCCUUGUCGGCGCUCCGUCUGCCGCGGAUCGGGGCGGGGCGAGGACAACGGCGCGGGCGAGGACGACGGCGUCGGCGCAAGCAACAAUAGCGAGGUCGAGCUGUGCUUCUCGGCUCUCCGUUGGCGGCCUAGUGUGCGAGAGUGGAGCAUGUGCGUGA